CGGCAUCUUUGAAAUCAACCCGGGGAACGCCGCGGAACUGGGCGAGACUUUCAACUUCAAGGAGGCCAUUGUUUUGGGCACCACAGACUUCACAGAGGAGGACGUGGAUAAGAUCAUGGAGGAGCUGGGUAAAGAGUUCAGAGGGAACGCCUACCACCUGAUGCACAAGAACUGUAACCACUUCUCAUCCUCACUGUCUGAGCUGCUGUGCGGGCGAGAGAUCCCUCGCUGGGUGAACAGGCUGGCGUACUUCAGCUCGUGCGUCCCCUUCCUGCAGAGCUGCCUGCCUAAAGAGUGGCUGACCCCGGCGGCGCUGCAGACCCACAUCAGCCUCCACAAGGAGGAGCAGAACGAGUCGAGCGACGACGACCCCUCGUCCCCGACGGGAGGGGGCGCCACGGGCUCCUCCCACAGCUGUCGCCACACGAGGGUGUGAACUGCCCCCCCCCCACGCCGAUGACCUCUGGACCCUCCCGCCACGUGGGCUUAAACAACCGCCUGACCUCAAACGUUUCCUCUGAGUAAAGAUGAAGGAGUAGAGGAGGUGCUGCCAGAGACUCUACUUCCUGUUCUUUCUCCAGACGACAGGACGCCACGGGCUGAAGACAAGAAUUUUAACCCUUCACAAUGAACACCUCGCUCCCCGGCCUGCCUUCAGGCGUCCUGCAGCGGCGUGACGGGAAACCCCUCGUCUGAUAAAACACCUCUCUGUGGCCUUCAUGUUGUUCACUCGGCUUCAUUGGAUGAUUUGAACGCUCUGAACGCCCCAAAAACAUGCAUGAUGAAAGAUGCCAUUUUUUCUGAUCAAAUCAUCAAUUACUUCUUCUCCUUUGAAACAAACUUAUUGCUUCCUGUUUGUCACCAUGGUAACCAUCAUAGAAGUCUCCUCCUCUCUCUAAAAACACGACCGAGCGAGCGCUCGUUCUCUUCCUGCAGCAGCUUGAUGAAUGUUUGUCUUUGGACAGAGAGGAGGAGUUUACCUGCAGACGUUCCUCUCCCUCACAGCUUCGAGUUUGGACUGCAGUACCUGUUUUAAACACUAGGUGUCAGAGUUACAUACUGCUCCUUUAAUGGCUCUGUUGAGACGGAUGCUUCAGCAGAUCCAGAUAGAUUCCCUUUAGCAUUAGUAGUCGCCAUCUUGGAUGUUUAUGAAGAUGCUGUAUCGGCACAGAGACUCGCCCCACACGUCAGAGAAAGAGUUGAUUGGCCUAAAUCAGCUGGCAAUGUGACAAAUAAAACACGUAAAGCUUAGGUACUAGGGCCGUCAAACUUCUAAACAUUUUAAUGGAGAUGAAUCUCUAAAUCUCAAACGUUCAUUAGAUUCAUCUGAUUUUAAGUUUCAUGUUUGAAACCGUUUUUUUCAUCUUUAAAAAUAAAAAAGUGUUUUU